AUGUCCGAAGACCAAGAGAUAACACACGUUGAGGAUAAUGCGUCGACGGACGGUCCUAAACAUCAUACAGAGGAGUCGUUACAGUCGUUGAUGGGAUUUCGGUUUAAGCCGAGAUUUACCGAGACCAUUAACUUGGAGUUGAUGAAGCAGGUCAUUCAUGAUGUACAUCUUGAAAAUUUACAAGGAAAAACUUGGGACGAUCUGGACCCGAAAAUCACAAGUACCGAAAUCUCAGUUUCAAUCAACGAAGGCGUGAAAAACAUUUGCAAAUCGAUUCGAGAAGACAGCAGAUUCAAAUAUAUGGUCCAGACGUUUCUCAGUAAAUUCCAUUCGCAGUUAUUGAGCUUGCAAACCCGUUGCAUUUGGGAUGAAAACACCGAUAGAAUCGUUUUUGAAAACUUUGUCAAUAGUUACAUAAUUUGUUCAUCUCAAGUGAUUUUUAUAUAUUAUUAUUAG